UGUCAAGCAUAGAUCCUGCUUCAUCGCAAGUGCAUGUUAUUUGAGCCACCUGUGCUGUAACUAUGUUGUUAAGAAGAGCUGUCACAAGUUUAAUAUUUAUCAGACUAGCUAUAGUCUGGUGUCAUGUAGAGUUAGAAUCUGAAGACUAUUUCUUCCCUUUAGAGGCGACGCUGAAUUACUGCAAGUUGGCAGACGAGUGUCACCACGACCGCGUGCCGGUGUGCGGGCAGGACGCCAGCGGCAACUUCAGGGCCUUUAGAGACGACUGCGAUCUCUACGAGUACUGCUGCGAUGAGAAAAAACAAUUUCGUCACGUGGAAAUAGACAUCUGUGCCGGUGAUCCAGCGCUCUCAGGGUAGAACAGCGAUUAACGAUUUUAAUUUUAAUCUAAACAAAACAAUCGUCCAUCUUUUGUAUAAAC